UCUGAGAGAGACCCAGCGGGCGGCCGUGAGGAGGGGAGGCGGGCGCGGGCGCGAGCGCGAGCGCGGCGGCUGGCCAUGAUCGCGUCGUGCCUGUGUUGCCUGCUGUUGCCGGCCGCGCGCCUCUUCCGCGCCCUCUCAGAUGUUUUCUUCACAUGUCGAAAAAAUGCCCUCUUGGCGAAGAGCUCGUCCACCAAGGUAGAGGGUGACUUUGCCAUGGCCCCUCGGGGGCCCGACCAGGAGGAGUGUGAGGGCCUGCUACAGCAGUGGCGAGAAGAAGGGUUGAGCCAGGUGCUCUCAACUUCGAGUGAGGGUCCCCUUGUAGAUAAGGGACUAGCCCAGAGCAGCCUAGCGCUUCUGAUGGAUAAUCCCGGAGAACAGGAUGCUGCUUCAGAGGACAAGUGGUCCAGCAGGCAGCUGAGUGACCUGCGGGCAGCAGAGAACCUGGAGGAGCCUUUCCCCGAGGUGCUAGGAGAGGAGCCACUGCCAGAGGUCGAGGGCCCAAUGUGGGCAGCUGUCCCCAUGCAGACCGGCCCCCAGUAUGCAGACUGUGCUGUCCUCCCAAUGGGUGCCCUGGCUGCAGAGCAGUGGGAAGAGGACCCCGCAGUGGUGGCCUGGAGCAUUGCACCUGAGCCUAUGCCCCAGGAAGAGGCUCCCAUCUGGCCUUUUGACGGCCUGGGGCAGUUGCAGCCUCCCCCAAUGGAAAUCCCAUAUCAUGAAAUCUUAUGGCGAGAAUGGGAGGAUUUCUCUACUCAGCCAGAUGCUCAGGGCCUGGAGGCGGGGGAUGGCCCUCAGUUCCAGUUCACUCUGAUGUCCUAUAACAUCCUGGCCCAGGACCUGAUGCAGCAGAGCUCAGAGCUCUACCUGCAUUGCCACCCGGACAUCCUCAAUUGGAACUAUCGCUUUGCGAAUCUCAUGCAGGAAUUCCAGCACUGGGACCCCGAUAUCCUGUGUCUCCAGGAAGUCCAGGAAGAUCAUUACUGGGAGCAGCUGGAGCCUUCCCUGCGAAUGAUGGGUUUUACCUGUUUCUACAAGAGGAGGACUGGGUGUAAGACAGAUGGCUGUGCUGUCUGCUACAAGCCCACGAGAUUCCGUCUACUCUGUGCCAGACCUGUGGAGUACUUCCGGCCUGGCUUGGAGCUCCUCAAUCGGGACAAUGUGGGCUUAGUGUUGCUGCUGCAGCCACUAGUCCCAGAAGGCCUGGGGCAAGUCUCGGUGGCUCCCCUCUGUGUGGCAAAUACACAUGUCCUAUACAACCCACGCCGGGGUGAUGUCAAGCUGGCCCAGAUGGCCAUUCUCUUGGCCGAAGUGGACAAAGUAGCCAGGUUGUCUGAUGGCAGCCAUUGCCCCAUCAUCUUGUGUGGGGACCUGAAUUCUGUUCCUGAUUCACCUCUCUACAACUUCAUCAGGGACGGAGAGCUCCAGUACCAUGGGAUGCCAGCCUGGAAGGUGUCUGGACAGGAAGACUUCUCUCACCAGCUUUACCAGAGGAAGCUGCAGGCCCCACUUUGGCCCAGCUCCCUGGGCAUCACUGACUGCUGUCAGUAUUUUACCUCCUGUCACCUCAAGAGAGCAGAGAGAGUAAAGUAUAGCCGAGACUUCCUGCUGCGAUUCCGUUUCUGUGACAUCGCCUGUAAGCGACCAGUAGGACUGGUUCUUAUGGAAGGAGUGACAGAUACGAAGCCAGAGCGACCUGCUGGCUGGGCCCAGUCUGUCCUUGAGGAAGACACUUUGGAGCCUGAGCUUGUCUUCCCCAGGACUGUAGGCACCAUCCAGCACUGCCUUCACCUGACUUCAGUAUAUACUCAUUUCCUGCCCCAGCAUGGCCGCCCGGAGGUCACCACAAUGCCCUUGGGUCUUGGAACGACAGUGGAUUACAUCUUCUUCUCAGCUGAGUCCUGUGAGAAUGGGAACAGAACUGAUUGCAGGCUGUAUCAAGAUGGGACUCUCAAGCUUCUGGGCCGUCUCUCCCUCCUCUCUGAAGAGAUUCUCUGGGCUGCCAACGGCUUACCCAACCCCUUCUGCUCUUCAGACCACCUCUGCCUGCUGGCCAGCUUUGGGAUGGAAGUCACCGCCCCAUGAUGGGGGUCCUAGGGGAAGAGAGUUUCUCUUCCAGAAGAGCUCACUGGAUCAGAGACCGUGGAAAUACCCCAUGCUUCUGGAAACUUAGAUCCAAAAAACUUAUGUCCCCUCUCCUCCCCUCCCCCAUUUCCCUUUUCCCAUGGUUAGAUUUUCUCCAGGCCUGUCCACGUUCUCUGCCUGUGGUCCCUGCCCCACCCCAACCUCUUCCUAUCCUGUGCCACAUACUCAGUGGCCCUGGGAGAGGCAGAAGGGGGGGUUCCCCUUUCUUUCCAUGUAUCCAGUGCUCCCCCUUAAUUUUUAAUUACCAGGGUUGUGGGAGCUAUUGAUCUCAUUGGUUAUUUGCUUUCGGGCCGUUUCUUGAUGGUAUCUUCUAACCCAAUCUUCUUUCUGCUUUCAUGACCUCUGGGCCCAACCCUCUUGCCAGGCACACACAUGUGAGGUGUGUAGCAUGCAUGUGUCCUCUCAGGGUGGGACUGCUCUGUACGGCCAUGCCUGCCUCUGACCAGCCCACUUUCCACAUGGGGCUGUCGGCCUCAUGACAGGUCGAGAGCAUGACCUGGUAGCUGUGUGUUGCCAGGCAGCAGCAGGGCCAUGGGCCCUUCUCCCCUUUUAUCCUCUGUGUCUCAUGAGGCGUUCCUCAUGCCACCAGGGCAUACCCCUCAUCUGGCCUCUGGGAAUGAAUGGGUCUCAUAGCCUGGAACAGCAGAUUCAUGUAUGCACUACCUGCCCCAGCAGCCUCUGAGCCUCCGACCCAGAGCUUCCACAGCCCUGGCACGCUUCCUCUAGGGCUCGUCCCUGUGUGGGGUCAGUGGACUGGAAUAAGAAUUUGAGGUUUAAAAGAACAAGAAAGAACCUUCAGGAAACUCUUGUCUUCCUGGACUCUGCCCCCUGCAGAACCGGGGCAAGUGUGGGAGUCCUGAUAGGGGGAAGAGCAGGCAGGCUGUGCGGCCACUUCAGCUGGGACCCAAGACCUCAAGGGACUUGUUCUCUUUCCUCUGCACACCUCAGAAGCUGUUUUCUGUUCCUUUCCUCCCACCACUUUUUACCUUGCUGCCUCGCCCAUUCCUGUCCAUUUUCUCCUUAAAAAGCCUGAUACUCAGCUCCGGCCAAACCCUCUCUGCAGAAGGUGGCCUCAGGCAAAAUCUGCACAAGAACUCGAGGUGGUGGUGCUGUAGGGUUUGUUCUGCCUGGCAGCGCCUCAGCUGCUCCUUGCCAGUGCUUCUCCUCCUAGAACUGGGCUACCCUGGCCCAUUCGGGAGGCCCCUCGCCCACAUGUAUCACCUGCAUGCCUUAAUCUUUCAUAGCUGGGGUGCAGCCUGGGUGUUCCUGGGCCAGCAGCUCCUCACACCUCCCUUAACUCAGAGUUGCUGCGGGUCCUUACAAAUUAGCGUUGCUGCUGCCCUGCUCGGCCUCCAGAAUGGGACUGAAGGGAAUGGCGGAGAGGCUGGAAUUAAGGACAGUAACCAGAGGUUCUCUCCCUCGUUUUUUGAAAGCCAAAGACCCAGCCUGAAUUUUGCUGCUGUGUUCAUCGUUAUAAGCUUUCCGUGCCCAGGUACUGGGGAAUUUAUCUGUGUGUGUAUAUUUUUGAACACUGUAUCCUGGGUAUUGGGCACAUGCCUGUCUGAGCCCCAGGCCCACCUGUCCACACCCCACCCAUCGUUCAUUGUGUUUGUCUCUCCCCGGGCACCUCCUGAGAUGGUCUCAAGUCAGUGCCCUAUUGGUUUUCAGGACUAUGGCCCAUCACUGUUCUCUUCUGCCAGGAAAUGCAGUUUAAAACGGCUCAAGAUGGCAGAGGGCAGGAGUUUUAUAGAUGACCUUUUCCUUGUUUUCUUAUUUCUGUUUUGGAAAUGAAAUGGGGGUUUUAAGUGGUCAUUUAAGCUCUUUUCCAAAUAAAGGUUUACUAUUUCCCCCCA